AUGGCUGUCAUUGUCAUCAGACAGAGUGCUCAAUCCCUUAACAGAAAUACGAAUCCAAUUGGAAUCAAAACAAUCGAAUUUGAAAAAACGCAGGAAGUUAUUAAGAAAGUUGGCAGCACGUUGAACCCACAAGAAAAUUUUGAUCCGUUUCGAAGCGGUCGAACAGGGAUUAAAGUGGUUCCGAAUUUGAAUCAGAACCAGGAAACAUCUCAUCCAGUUGAGCAUGUGGUUCCUAAAAUUCAUCCAAAUUCGGCUUCAUCUGGAUUCAUUCCGCUUAAUCCCACAAAUUCGAGACCUGUUGCAAACGAUCCUGGAGUAACACAACAACAACAACAGACAAUGGCAACUACAACAGAAAAAAUGGAAACUAACCAGGCAAUGAAUUCGACAGAAUCGGAUGAGAUGGACGAAGGAGAACGGAUUCUGAUAGCUUAUGAACAAAUUCGAGAAGAGUUGUUGAGAAUAUUGGAAGAAGAAGCUAUUAAGAAAGAAUUGGCUACGAAAGCAGAUGACCCUGCGUGUGGAAAACUUCGCCAAGAGUAUGACGAUGUCUGUUUCCAGACCCCACCGCUUGCGGCUUUUCAAGAAACUCGAGAAUUCUGUUUAGCUUUCGUCAAAAAUUGCAGGAAAACGCUGUCUACCAACUUAUUCACAAAUUUGAAAAAUUUCAAAAUUGAUUUCUCUCGAUAUUGUAAAAAGCAUCGCGAGCGGUUCCGCUACGUUUGCCCCGAUCCACUGCGAUUUUUUACUUUUGCGGAAGAGGCAGUUCAAUUCUGCAUUCGAUACAAAGAUAGAUGUGCUGGAGAGCCAGUACCAUCGGAACCAAUUGCGUUCAAGCGAAAGGACGCUGAUCAUAUUUACACGAGAGAAAUCGAGUAUUGGUGCACCCGCGAAAAACGGACAGCAUACAAUUAUUGCACAGAACCUGAUUUGAUCAAAACUCCACGUUAUCAGCCGUUUUGUUUUUUGUACAAAUACGCAUGUAUUGAUAUCUAUCAACGAGUCAUUUAUGGAUAA